AUGGAGAGAACGGACCAAUCGGCAGGACAACAGAUGGAGAGAGCAAGCCAGUUGGCGGGACAACAGAUGGAGAGAGCAAGCCAGUUGGCAGGAAAACAGAUGGGGAGAACAAACCAGUUGGCAGGACAACAGACGGGACCCAUACAGGGACCUUUACAGACUGAUCAACCAGACACUGACGACACUUCAGAGAGAGAGGAGGUGGCCGCCGCCCAGAACAUACUAGAUGUGACGGCCUGCGGAGUGAAAAGGAGGAGUGAAAAGAGACGUUUACAACAGCAGAGACGACGGCGAAAGAAGGGGAGAAGGGGGACGCAAAGACGAGAACACUUAAAGAUAGCCUUUUUGAACAUACAAGGUGGACGCCAGGAGAGGAAAUGGCUGGAAAUGACUGAAGUGUUACACAGUGAGAAAUUAGCAGCCUUCAUGGUGGUAGAGACUCAUUUACGUGAUGACGAAACUCCACCAACCAUCAACGGUUUUGCAUGGGAAGGGUUGAACAGAGUAGGAGGGGAACGAAGAGGGGGAGGAAUUGGUUUUCUGGGAUCAACAGCAAGGCCGUGGCGAAGAUUUAAACAAAAUUGCAGUGAGCAUAUGUGGAUUGAGACCACACUAAACAAAAGGAAACUAGCAAUAGCUGGUGUGUACUGGUGGACUGGUGCACAAGAAGAGAAAAAUAUCACUAUGGCCAAGUGCCUAGAGAGGGACAUAGAGGACCUCAAGAAAACGCAUGUGUCGUUUGAACACUUUUCGCAAACCAUAAAAAAAGAUGGACAAAGGUACGACGUAACCCUACCGUGGAAACGUGAUCCGGUUGGUUUCCUUGAAGACAACUAUACAGUUUCUCUGACUCGCCUUAAGAAGCUUGUUGCGCGCUUGAAGCGGACGGAAGGAUUGCUUCUUCGGUACGACGGCGUUAUAAGGGAAUACUUCAACCUCGGCCACGCAGAGGUCGUCGAUACUGAUGCCGAAAGCAAGGGCCCGGUCUACUACAUGCCACACUCCGCAGUCAUCCGAGAAGACCGCGCUACGACAAAAGUUAGGGUCGUCUUUGAUGCCUCAUCUCACGCCCCCCAGUGUCCGUCGUUGAAUGAGUGCUUGGACAAAGGCGUGAACUUGAACCCUGAUAUACUACAGCUGUUAAUCCGAUUCAGGAGUUUCAAGAUUGCGCUUACGGCUGACAUUGAAAAGGCCUUUCUUCAGGUUCAAGUUCGUGAAAAGGAUAGGGAUGUAUUCCGUUACAUUUGGUUUGAACAACAACCGGACUGUGGGAAAUACGUGGGUGACUCAGAAGGGCUCCAAACACUACGCAUGACAAGAGUACCCUUUGGAGCGACGUCCAGUCCGUUCCUUCUGUCAGCAACCAUUCAACAUCAUCUCAAUGGCAUCGACGGGAAUCUAAAGGCAACAGCCGAAAAGCUACGGAAGUCCUUUUAUGUCGAUGAUUUGGUCACUGGAGUCGAUUCGGAAGAAGAAGCAAGGAAACUGUAUGAAGACUCAAUGCUUAUAAUGAAAGCCGCUGGAAUGAACCUUCGUAAAUGGACGAGCAACAGCGUGAACUUACAAGUCAUGUUUGAUGGUGGGCUAUCCUGCGAGGCAACAUCAUCGGUAUCAGAGAUCUUGAGUCCACAACAGAUUCUGGGAGUGUCGUGGGAUAAGGCACGGGACUUCUUGCAAGUGUCCUUGAAGUCUUUGUUUACCUUCCUCCUGGAGACAGGCGACACAAAAAGGUUCGUCUUACAAGCCUCUUCUAGGGUCUUUGACCCCUUGGGAUUCAUGAGCCCGUUUACAAUACGCGUGAAGAGACUAUUUCAGCAACUCUGGAUCGAUGGAGUGGAUUGGGAUGCCAAACUUCCAGACCAAGCUCAGUUGGAAUGGAAGGCGUGGUGCACAGAAUUGCCCACUCUGCGUCUCGUCAGCGUGUGUCGACACGUCGGGAUAUACGCUUCGAACGGAGCCAGACACGUGACUCUUUAUGCUUUUUCAGACGCCAGCAUACAUGCGUACGGAGCAGUCGUGUACGCUUGCGCGAAAUCUCAAGAGCCACAUUCAGAUGUUAAUCUACUGGUGUCCAAGUCCAGGGUUGCCCCUGUGAAAGAACUCACACUUCCUAGGCUGGAGUUGAUGGGAGCGCUCGUGGCUACAAGGCUCGUCAACUAUGUUCGAACAGCCUUAGAGGACUGCGUAGUUGAAUGCCAUUACUGGACGGAUUCGACGAUUGUGCUCGCUUGGAUCCGUCACCACCCGUCCCGUUGGAAUCCUUUCGUAGCCCAUCGAGUUUCAGAAAUACGCACAUUAAGCGAUCCUGAUAUGUGGAAGCAUUGUGUCGGUGAAGACAAUCCCGCAGAUUUGAUAACCAGAGGUAUCUCGGCACAUCGCUUGGUGGAGGAGGAUCUUUGGUGGCACGGUCCAAAAUGGCUGAAGGAUGAUCCUUCUGAGUGGCCAAAUGCCAAUGGUUUCAACGACACUGACGUAGAGUUGAGAAAAUCUUCCGCAGGGAAACAAAACGAACUCGUUCUCCAAGUCACUUCGCAAUCCGUCGAAGCUAUUAUAGAUGUCCAGAGGUUUAGUUCGUUGGACCGGCUUUUGAGAGUGACCGCCUACGUCCUCCGUUUUACGUCAAACUGCAGGAACCUAAAUCAGAAGUUAGAGGGACCUCUUUCUACGAACGAGCUGCACGAAGCGAAGUUUUAUUGGGUCCGCGUUGUACAGCAUGAAGUCUACGACCUCAAGAAAGGGAAAAACAAUUGA